GACCUCUUUACGCACAACUGGAACAGACGGCGCACGGCGAGGCACUGCGCUCCAGCUGCUCUCCUCUCACUCUACUCUGAACUCUGCCUUCUAUAGACUACAGUGCAACCGCAACUUCGAGUGCGAGUGCCUUCCUCUUUUCACUUUUUUUUAAAGCUUGAAUACAGCGCGAAAUAGCAACAAGUAGUCACGCUGUUGCUCGCUACUCGCUGAUUUUACACAUAGAGAAGUUUUUCACGCUUUGUGUUGCAGCAGGCACGUUUUUAAACCUUCUCCAAGCUUCAACAUCGUAAACUACUGGAUCAAACGAUGGAUUUAUUCUAAAAAGGAUAGAUUGGUCUGCUGUAUAAACCAACCAAGAGCAGCUAGUCACCAAGAUGGAGUCCAUUCUGUCGGAGCAGUCGGCCACCGUCGACGAGCUGGUCGAAGCGUGCAUCCAAGCGUUCGAUGAAAAGGGCACGCUGAAGGACGCUUCCCUGGUCCGGAUGUUUAUCAUGAUGCAUCCGUGGUACAUCCCGUCCACGGACCUGGCCAACAAGCUGGUGCUCAAGUCUCAAGAUGAGAGCUGCACUGCUGAGCGCCGCACCAGAAUCGUUCACCUUCUCAAGUAUUGGAUCUCGGAGUUCCCCGCUGAGUUCAAUCUGAACCCGGAGCUGGCCGAGCAGAUGAAAGAGUUCAAGGAGCUGCUGAGCACGGAGGGAGAGGAGAGCAACAGCAAACUCAUCGACAUAGACAGCGUACCGUCGUACAAGUGGAAGCGACAGGUGACCCAGCGCGUCCCGUCUGUGUCCAAAAAGAGGAAGAUGUCUCUGCUCUUCGACCACUUGGACUCCAGUGAACUCGCAGAGCACCUCACCUUCUUAGAGUACAAGUCCUUCUGCAAAAUACUGUUCCAGGACUACCACAGCUUCGUGAUGCACGGCUGCACGGUGGACAACCCCAUCCUGGAGCGCUUCAUCACCCUCUUCAACAGCGUGUCCCAGUGGAUCCAGCUCAUGGUGCUGAGUAAACCCACCGCCCAGCAGAGAGCUCUCGUCAUCAGCCACUUCAUCCGCGUGGCUCAGAAACUUCUCCAGCUGCAGAACUUCAACACCCUGAUGGCGGUGGUGGGAGGACUCAGUAACAGCUCCAUCUCCAGGCUCAAAGACACACAGGCUCACGUCAGCGCCGAGACCAACAAGAUUUUCAACAGUCUAAUCGAGCUGGUCACCUCUUGUGGAAACUACAGCCAGUACCGCAAGCGUUUUUCCGAAUGCUCCGGAUUCCGUUUUCCGAUCCUUGGAGUUCACCUGAAGGACUUGAUCGCCGUCCACGUAGCGCUGCCUGAUUGGACGGACAAAGAGAAGACGCGAGUGAACUUAGCCAAAACGCAGCAGCUGUACGCCAUCUUACAAGAGCUAGCGCUGAUCCAAAACUCGCCGCCCAGCAUAGACGCCAACACGGACCUGCUAAACCUGCUUACGGUGUCUUUAGACCAGUACCACACAGAGGAGGAGAUCUACCAGAUGUCUUUACAAAGAGAGCCUCGAAAACCAGCGGUAAAGCACUUCACUCUCACCAUUACUCAACAGAACUCCAGCCCCACCCCUGCCCCAGAGCCUAAGCCCGCCAUGAUUGACGACUGGGCUGUGUCGGUCAAACCCAACGCCGACCCGACCAUAAUCAAGAAGCACAUAGAGAAGAUGGUGGAGUCCGUCUUCAAGAACUUCGACACAGACGGCGACGGCAACAUUUCCAGAGACGAGUUUGAGGCGAUCCAGAACAACUUCCCUUACCUCAGCAAGUUCGGAGAGCUGGACAAGAACCAGGACGGUAAGAUCAGCAGAGAGGAGAUGAUAGACUACUUCAUGAAGGCCAGCUCCCUGCUCAACUGUAAGAUGGGCUUCAUACACUCGUUUACGGAGGCCACAUAUGUGAAACCUACAUUCUGCGAGCACUGCGCCGGAUUUAUAUGGGGAUUCUACAAACAAGGCUACAAGUGUAAAGCCUGCGGAGUGAACUGCCACAAAGCGUGCCGCGGUCGCCUGGCGGUGGAGUGCCGGAAGAGGACCAAGAGCAUCAGCCACGAGAGCCCGCCGGCCCUGUCCGCACGCUCCUACAGCUUCCCCCCGCCCGCCAACACCCCGCCCAGCCUGCAGGACUCAGUAAUCGAGGAGGAGGAUAUCGAGUCGGUGGAGGAGGGCGUGUUCGAUGUGCACCUAUAACCAGAGUCCGGACCAUGAGAAAUGAAGAGCCGAGCUGAGAUUGUGCUACUUCAAAGCGAGGAGACUGCAGGAUGUGUACAGACACCGCCCCCUAGUGGACUUUUAACGACGGUGCAGAGACAAACUAUUGAAUGUGAUCAUGGAUUUGCCUUGGAUCAAUGUUAAAUAUAAACUCAGAGUGUGGAUUCUACGUGUUUAUGAAGAAUGUUUUAAAUAGAUAGACAUUUAGUUUGAAUUUGUAUAGAAAAACUUGUAAUUUACACACAUUUAUAGGUUUAUUAUUAUGUUGCAGGAUGUUUAAAGGUCUUAUAUUAUGUUAAAAUCACAUUAUAGUGUAAUUACGUAGGGAUGGUUUAAUGUGGGUAUCAAUAUCUAAUACUAAAAACAGAUACAUAAAGGGAAUUAUUUUACAUUACCAAUCAUGAAUAUAGUCUACAAAAUUAAUCAUUCUGAAUCUGAAAAGGAGCGGGGAGAAGCAAAUACGUAUUCACCCUCUUUUAAAAUGCCAUUAGAGCAACAAUCUGCUUCUGCCAUGUGAUUCGUGACGUGAUCAAUUUGAUGGAUCAGUCGAUGAUUAACAUUAAUGUGAUUUAUAAUCACCUACAGAACGUAAAUCGUAGACUACAACACAUGAAACAGGACUAAAAUAGGUCUAAAGCAGGACUAAACCAGAAAAAAAAAAAGUCUAAACCAGGACUAAACCAGGACUACACUAGGACUAAACUAGGACUAAACCAGGACUAAACCAGAUCUAAACCAGGACUAAAUCAGGACUACAACAGGACUAAACCAGAUCUAAACCAGGAAUAAACAAGGAAUAAACCACGACUACACUAGGACUAAACUAGGACUGAACCAGGUCUAAACCAGGAAUACACUAGGACUAAACCAGGUCUACACUAGGACUAAACCAGGACUAAACCAGAUCUAAACCAGGACUAAAUCAGGACUACAACAGGACUAAACCAGAUCUAAACCAGGACUACACUAGGACUAAACUAGGACUAAAACAGGAGUAAAACAGGACUAAACCAGGACUAAACCAGGACUACAUUAGGACUGACUCAAGUGUAAACCAGGACUAAACCAGGACUAAACCAGGAAUAAACCAGGACUAAACCAGGUCUAAACCAGGACUAAACCAGGAAUAAACCAGGUCUAAACCAGGUCUAAACCAGGACUAAACCAGGAAUAAACCAGGUCUAAACCAGGUCUAAACCAGGACUAAACCAGGUCUAAACUAGGACUAAACCAGGUCUAAACCAGGACUACACCAGGUCUAAACUAGGACUAAACCAGGUCUAAAACAGGACUAAACUAGGACUGAACUAGGACUAAACCAGGUCUAAAUCAGGACUAAACCAGGUCUAAACCAGGACUAAUCUUGGACUUGAGAUCGAGAGAGAGAAACAGAGUCUGUGGAGCAGGGCGUCUGCAAAGUGCGAUCGGGCUACGGCUGCACUGUGUGGAGCUCUGCACUGGUCCUUUCGCCCGUGGUCAUCUGACCUGUUUUUGCGAGCGCAACCACCCAUUUUAAUAAUCAAAACAGUGAAAAUGUCAAAUAUGUUGUGCAAAUGAGUUUCCUUCCUCUAAACAAACAACAAAACUAUAGCGCUGUAACAAAAUAAUUUAGUAAAAUAUACCAAAAAAUACAAUUGGCGAUAUAUCGAUACAGCAGCCCACGAUAUCGAUACUGUAUCAUCACAUUAAACGAUACGAUAUGACGAUAUAUUGAUAUUUUUGCACACCCCUAAUGCAUAAUAUAGGACCUUUAAAUGAAAUGAAAUAAAAAAUAUGAUAUGACAGAAGACAAAAGAUCAUUCAGUGUAGUGUAUUACUGCAUUAUAGCCUGUAGGUGGUGCUAUUUUCCCACUUGGACCAAUGAAAUCAUAGGUGGUUAUGUUUAGUUAAGCCGUCUAUUGACCGAGGUCCAAGGAUUAAUUAAAAAAAAAAAAAAAAAAAAACAUAUAAAAUGAACUUCUCCUAGUGGCAAGCUAUUAUUCUUUGGAUGCAUUUAAGACUUUUGUGAAUUCUGUCGACAGCACGUCCAAGGCAACAUCUAAAGUACUUCUAUGUUUUCAGAAAUACAUUUAAUAACACCGAUUUUGCUGUCUGAAAAAUACUCUUUUUGUCACCAUAGCAACAAAAGAAUGAAAACAGCAUGGACCUUUAAAAAAAAUAAAAACCUAGGUAUAAAUGAUUUGUUUACCCUUUAGAUGAAGUAGUGCCGUUUGUAGCAGUCAGACAUUGAAGUACUGUGAAUGUAGCACAAAAAUAUAUAUAUGCGUUUGAUUGAAUUUGUAUGUUAUUAUUAUGAAUUUUUUUUUUAUUUAUGACAAGAAAUCCUGAAGAAUGUUCCAGACUAAAUAUGGGCUUGUGUGGGUAUCAUCCGCUGUUCUGUUCCGCUUUGCCCUAUAGAGUCGAUUGUAAAAGUAGAAAUUAGUGAAAUCAGUUGUAAAAUAAACAAUUUUUAUCGAUUAGUCUAGUUAGAGGUAGCAUUUUUGUUGCUGUUGCCAUGACGAUCAUAUCUGAAUUAAAAUACGUGCAUGUAAAUGAUUGAAAAAAGGUUCGGGUUCAAGGUUGAGAUGUUGCAGAAAUGACUUUAUGGAACGUAUAUAAGAGCGUUUUCUUUUAUAAAAUCCAAAAUGAUCACAAUUCCUGGUCAAUGUCAAACUUGACUUGUGCAGAUAUUAAUAAUUUUGAAGUGGGACUAAUGGUGCGUUCGAUUAUCCGUCCAUCUCCCACUCGGAUUUCGGAAAUGACGUUACAUAAAUAUGAACGGACAUAGAUGAUUCAGUAGUCGACCUGUUUCGGUUUCACGUGUCCGACUUGAAGUUAAAGUGGACGAAAACCGAAAAGCUGUUAUUGCUGUUGUUUAUCUUCUGUUAUCAAGCCCCUUUGUUCAAUAUUGGUCACACCACAACACCGACUACCACACCCAUUAACGUUUUGCAUGUGACCUGUCGCCGUAUUGGAGUUCUGACUAUCUAUCUGGACCAAUGUGUAGUAUGUGUGUAAAAUUGUGUAAAAAAUAAAAUAAAAUAAGAAGGACGCGCUGUGCACUUUUCACUUUCGCCGGCAUGGAAUCUCCCCCUCAAUUCGGUUCUGAUUUUGACCCCCAUUCUGCUUACCCUGACUGUUAUCAGGAACAGAUGUGAUGGUUUGGUGAUCAACAAAGAUCUCACACGUCCUGCUACAAAAUAUUUAUAAGCCUCUAACCCCUUGUAACGUUUCAGUUCUUGGUUGGUGUAGGACGAUGUAGAAUGACUUAAGUACUUGUAAAUAUUUGGCUAUUGGAGAUUGGGAACAGAGCAAGCGUCCGAUGCCACAACCCAGGAGGAUGACUUUCGCGUUAUAUCUUAUUAAUGAUGGCUGAUCUAACGAGCUGGAAAUUUCGAACAGUUUUAUGUUGUUUGCGCUGUUUAAAGUUGCCAUGAUUAUAUUGUAGUAACGGAAUAACAGCUUCUGGAUCAAUCCCAAGCCUUGACCUCCAGUAUGGCUGCCAAAACAUUAAGUCACGUGACUGCCACAUUGCAUGCAAAUCCUUAAGAGGCAGUUAUACGGACGCAGUAAGGUAUUAUAGUAGUACAAGUGACUGAAAUUGUAGUUUAAGCCACCAAAGCGUCCAGACACAACGAAAAUUUCAAGUUCAUAUUUAAAAGUGACACUGGGCGCAGUUGUCCUGGAUUUUAUCUCAGAAUCCUUGCUCGGUCUCCACUGAGCUCUUCUGAGUUCCGAGUUCCACCGUCAGAGGAAAAGGGGCGUGUCAGUGCGUGUUGCUCAUUGGAUGGAUAAUCGAACGCACCAUAACCACCUAAACACUGGCUGUAAUCAGGGAAGUCCUGAGUGAUGUCAUGUAAUACUUGAAAUUGCAGUGACCACUGGAGGCAGCACACACUCUUUUUCACAGAAAUUGUCAUAAAUGGACAUGGAACCAUAGACAGUGCUAUUAAAACACCAUAUACAGAGUUUAGAAUAAAAAAAAAAAAAAGUUAUUUUAAUGUGAGAACAGUCCUUGCUCCUUUACUCUUUACCUUUUGAGUGUAUUUCAUUGUGUCAUGAAUCAGAAGACGAGUGCCAUAUUGUGAACUACAGUUGGCAUGCAUCAGCCUGGUUAAAUGUUUGUAAUAUUUAAUGUAGUAUAAAUGGUGCACAGCUCAAUGAAAGAUGUUGUGUUAGUAUCAAAUUUGUUGUAAAUUAAAAUGUCAGUAUUAAUAUGUGAUGUUAUGAACUUUUGUGAAUAAAAGCGAUGGGGAAAAAAAGGA